UAUCACUCUUCUUUCUACCUGCUAUAUAUCACUUUUGUUUCCAAUUCUUGGAGGGCUUCAAGGACAAAUAAAGAGACAGAGAGGGAUCAGGAAUUACAGAAAGAAAUGAGAAAACCUUGCUGUGAUAAAGAAGGCAACAACAAAGGAUCUUGGUCCAAGCAAGAAGACCAGAAGCUCAUCGAUUAUAUUGCUACUCAUGGCGAAGGUUGCUGGCGUUCCAUCCCUAAGGCUGCAGGAUUGCACCGUUGUGGCAAAAGUUGCAGGCUAAGAUGGAUAAACUAUCUUAGGCCAGACAUCAAACGAGGCAACUUUGCUCAAGAUGAGGAGGACCUCAUUAUUAAGCUCCAUGCUCUCCUUGGCAACAGGUGGUCACUGAUAGCUGGGAGACUGCCGGGGAGGACUGACAAUGAGGUGAAGAAUUAUUGGAACUCUCACCUAAGGAAAAAGCUAAUAAAAAUGGGAAUAGACCCAAACAAUCAUCGCCUUAACCAAAUUCUUCCUCGUCCUCAACCUGUUGAUGAAGAUACAUGUAAAUCCAACAAAUCUAAGACUGAUAAUGAUAGGGUUUCUGAUGCAGCAACUUCUUCUCUCGAGGAGGAUGAAACUUCUGCUGGUUCUUCUCACAUAAAUCUUGAUCUCACCAUUGCUGUUCCUUCUCCUGCUCAUACUGCAAAUUUGGAAACCAGGCCCGAAAAUUGCAAUACUGCUGCAACUAGUGAAGUACUACAAAGCGAAAAAUCACCUACGCUACUUCUCUUCUUAUGAGCCAGCUAGCUAGGCAAAUCUUAAUUACUUAAUUAAGCCUUCCUAAUGCUUUUGGUGGGGGUUAAUUAAAAUGGCUAACUAAGCAAAAAGAAGAGUCUUUUUACUGAUAUUAAUUAUUUUCUUUUGGUAA